AUGGGGACACAGCUGGAGCAGCAGUUGUGCAACCAGAGGAGGGGUUUCAAGAAACCCUCGAACAAGGAGGAGAGGGCUCCCCUGCACCCGCCCGGGGACGACGGAGUGCCCGAGGGGGUCAUGGGCUCUCCCUCGCCCUGUGUGGCUGAUGCCCUCCCCCUCCCCAGGCGCGAGAUGCGACCCUUUGGGGUGCAGGUCUCCAUCAUUGAACCCGGCGGCUUCCGGACGGGGAUGACCGACCCUGCGACGGUGGUGAAGGGCUUUGAGCGCCUCUGGGAGGGGCUCCCAGUGGAGACCCAGGCAGCCUACGGCCGCCAUUACCUGGAGACCUAUGCCAAGAGCACCGUCCUGCUGCACCGCCUGAGCAGCUCCUGCCUUUCCCCAGUCACCGGCGCCAUGGAACAUGCGCUGCUCGCCCGCUUCCCCCGCAGCCGGUACGCAGCCGGCUGGGACGCCCGGUUUGCCCUCCUGCCCCUCAGCUACUGCCCAGCAUGGCUCACUGACACCAUUAUCGGCCUCUUCCUGCCCGUCCCGGCCAAGGGGACACCUCCGCACCCCUGA